AUGCAGCCCUCUCAAACGCAUGGAACGCUGCGACUCCUCCGACCGCAUGGAGCGCUGCAGCCUCUCGACCGUAUGGAACGCUGCAGCCUCUCGACCGCAUGGAACGCUGCAGCUCCUCCGACCGCAUGGAACGCUGCAGCCCAUCCCGACCACAUGGAACGUUGCGGCAUUGAACACUGCAACUUCUUCGACAGACUCGACGCCAGAGGCUUGUCAGCAGCGGCUGUCUUCAGCAUCCAUGAGUUGGCGGCACCAUCAGCUCGAUAUGUCGCUCAAAUUAGCGAGGGUGGCUGA